GGUGGCGGCAGCGGCGGCGGCGGCAACGGCGGCGGCUGCGGCGGGUCUGCGCGACCUGGGGGACGGGGCCAGUGCUGCACGGCUCGCUCAGAUGCAUGGUCACGGAGGCUAUGACUCCGAUUUUAGUGAUGAUGAACACUGUGGAGGAUCUAGCAAAAGGAAAAAAAGGACAGUUGAAGAUGACUUACUGCUCAAAAAGCCAUUUCAGAAAGAAAAACAUGGAAAGGUGGUCCAUAAACAAGUUGCAGCAGAAUUGCUGGACAGGGAAGAAGCAAGAAAUAGAAGGUUUCAUCUCAUAGCUAUGGAUGCUUAUCAAAGGCAUACAAAGUUUGUAAAUGACUAUAUUUUAUAUUACGGUGGCAAAAAAGAAGACUUCAGGCGAUCGGGGGAAAAUGACAAGACAGACAUGGAUGUUAUACGAGAAAAUCAUAGAUUUCUAUGGAAUGAGGAGGAUGAAAUGGACAUGAAUUGGGAGAAGAGACUUGCAAAGAAAUACUAUGAUAAAUUAUUCAAGGAAUAUUGCAUAGCAGAUCUCAGCAGAUACAAAGAAAAUAAGUUUGGAUUUAGGUGGCGAGUAGAAAAAGAAGUGAUUUCAGGAAAAGGCCAGUUUUGCUGUGGAAAUAAAUGUUGUGAGAAAAAAGAAGGCUUAAAGAGUUGGGAAGUUAAUUUUGGUUAUAUUGAGCAUGGUGAAAAAAGAAGUGCACUUGUUAAAUUAAGAUUAUGUCAAGAAUGCUCCUUCAAAUUAAAUUUCCAUCACAGGAGAAAAGAAGUCAAGUCAAAAAAAAGAAAGGAUAAAACCAAAAAAGAUUGUGAAGAGUCAUCACAUAAAAAAUCCAGAUUAUCUUCUACAGAAGAAGCCUCUAAGAAAAAGGAUAAAGCACAUUCAUCCUCAAUGAAAUCAGAAACUUCUAUUAACAGAAACUCUGAUGAGGAGGAAAGUACUUCAGAAUCUGAACUUUGGAAGGGCCCACUACCAGAAACAGAUGAAAAAUCACAGGAAGAAGAAUUUGAUGAAUAUUUUCAAGAUUUAUUUCUGUGAGAUAAAGAGAGAUGCCUACAUUCUUUAAUGUGAAAGUAUACUUUGAACUUUUCACAAAAGUUUUAUCUACAAGUUGCAACUUGAGUGGUUUCUCUUUGGAAAUAAAAAUCCAGCUACACUCAGGAUGUCAGAUGGUUUGGAAGUUUCCAGUUCUGUUGGAGACACUUUCCCUGUCCCUUAUCUGUUUUCAAUUGCUUAUCUAUGACUGUUCCAUCUGCUCCUAGUGGGUGGUGCUAGUACACUAUACAGAGAUCGACUGUCCCUAUAUUUUUUACGGGUUUUUUUUUUCCCCUGCUGAUUCAUGUUUAUCUUCCCUUGCCUCAGUUUAAAUUAUUAGGAUUAUUGUGGUCUCACAAAAUUAUAAAGUAGGUUAAGUAUGUCUUCAGCUUCUUUCCUUUCCUUUGAUACACUAGCAGCCCUCUUUUGAGUACCUAUUUAGCUGCCUUUUUUUCCCUUACACUUCUCUUGCUUCCUUCUCGCCUCUGCCACUUAAGGGAGUUUGUUAUAAUUUGAUUCCCCAGUGUAUGGGUAACUUAUAAAGUAAAUUAAUACUACAGGAGGCCGAAUGAGAUCCCAAUAGUCUAAAACAGCAGACAUGUUCACAAAAGUUCAUGCAAUAACGUAAUGUAACUGAACAAUACUGUUUGCAUAGUUUCUCAGAUUCAAGCAUACAGAUGUGGAUACACUUAUAUGCAGAAAUACAUUAUAAAAUGUAAUGUCUUAAUUGGGAUCUGUAACCCCCUCCAAGAGUCAAUUGACGUGCGUCAGGAAAUCUAAACACUCCUAGAAUCUGUGUGUAAACUUCUGUGAUUAUUUGUGUUUUGAGGGAAAAGGUCUGUAGUUUUCAUCAAAUUUUCAAAAGGAUUCAUUGAUUUUUUUUGAAAGGUCAGACCCAUUUUUAUAAAGAGCAAAGAGAUGGCUACAGGAGAAGAUACAUGAUUUGUAUCCUGCAGUGGUACCUCAGGAAUCACCUUCUAGAGCGAAUGAGGAAA